UAGAAAUGAAAAGGUUUGCCGAGUCAGCACCGUCGGAGGCCCGCUGUUGGGGGGGUUUUAUAACCCAAUUCCACUCCCUGUUAAUUGGUUUCUGAUGUCACUCAGCAGGGCGGACUUUCCACGCUCAGGACCGACACGCACACAGCGGAAGUGGCUCCGCACGCGCUUUAAAUGCCUCCAAGGGAUGACGUCAGUUUUUAGCAGCCCACGACACAUUUUAAUCCCACCAUCUGUGGAGCCUCCCCCUGGUCCCGCUGUCACUAUUGGACCUCACAGCAAAUCAUUAACCACGUCGAUGUGAGGACUGCUUCCACAACCUCCUCGGGUGGAGAAGCAGCAGCAGGCGGCAGAGAAGCAGCCCACCGCGGCCCCUUUGGUUCACGUCGAAGCGCCCCUUUGUUUUGAACGACAGAUCACAGACUGAUUGAUUUCAUUGUCCAAUCGCUCCGGCUGGCCUGCAAGCGAGUCCCAGAUUGAAUCGGCUGCGGGUCAGGAGAAGUUGACCAUUGACCUCUAGGACUGAUUGCGUGCACAUCUCCAGUCGUAAGCAGCUGAGGGUAUACCGAGGAUCCUGUGGCAAAGUUCACUGUCAAGAAGUCUGUCACACGACAGGAGCUGGCUCCUUUUCUCUCAAUUGCAGUCUGUCUGUUCUUCCCGUUUUUGUCUUUUUUUUUUUUUUAAAGCACUACAUCCACAACCAUGGCCACAGCGAGUUAUGGAUACUACCGAGGCACUAUAUUUCUGGCCAUGUUUUUGGGCUACACGCUGUACUACUUUAACAGAAAGACCUUUUCCUUUGUGAUGCCUUCACUCAUGGAGGAAAUUCCUCUGGAUAAGGACGACCUGGGCAUGAUCACCAGCAGUCAGUCUUUGGCCUACGCCAUCAGUAAGUUCAUCAGCGGCGUGCUUUCGGACCAGAUCAGCGCCCGCUGGCUCUUCUCCAUUGGCCUGUGCUUGGUGGGAGGCAUCAACGUGGUCUUCUCCUGGUCCUCCACCGUCGCCGUCUUCUCUGGCCUGUGGUUCCUCAACGGCCUGGGCCAGGGCCUCGGCUGGCCGCCCUGCGGCAGGGUGCUGCGCAAGUGGUUUGAGCCCUCUCAGUUCGGGACGUGGUGGGCGAUUCUCUCCUGCAGCAUGAAUCUGGCUGGCAGCUUGGGCCCCAUCAUUGCCACGGUGCUGACCCAGAGCUACAGCUGGAGGACGAUACUGUUCGUGUCCGGAAUGAUCUGUGUGGCGGCUUCCUUUUUCUGUCUGCUGCUCAUCAAGAACGAGCCCAAGGACGUGGGGCUUCCCAGCAUCGAGGCAGCCGGCAAGAAGAGCAAAGGAGAAUCCUCCAGCGAUGAAAGCACCCUGUCCGAGUUCCUGCUGUCCCCCUACCUGUGGCUGCUGUCCACGUCCUACCUGGUGGUGUUCGGGGUGAAGACGGCCUGCACCGACUGGGGUCAGCUGUUUCUCAUCCAGGAUAAGGGCCAGUCUGCACUCAUGGGCAGCUCGUACAUGAGUGCGCUGGAGGUUGGAGGCCUGUUUGGCAGUCUGGCAGCAGGUUAUCUCUCUGACAAGGCGGUGGCCAAACAACGCAAGACGCUCUAUGGCAAUCCUCGCCAUUUCAUCCUGGUCUGCAUGAUGGCUGGGAUGUUUGUGUCCAUGUACCUGUUCAGAGUCACGGUCACCGCUGACAGCUCAAAGGUGUGGAUACUCAGCUUGGGUGCUGCUUUCGGUUUCUCCUCUUACGGACCAAUAGCGUUAUUCGGAGUCAUAGCCAAUGAGAGCGCCCCCUCCAACUACUGCGGGACUUCACACGCCAUUGUGGCCCUGAUGGCUAACAUCGGUGGCUUCCUGUCUGGACUUCCAUUCAGCACCAUUGCCAAACAUCACGGCUGGGAAACGGCCUUCUGGGUAGCAGAGGUCUCCUGUGGCAUCACCACCAUUGGAUUCAUCCUUCUGCGCAACAUCCGCACCAAGAUGGGCCACGUGUCCAAGAAAGCCGAAUAAAACCUCAUUACACCUCUUCUCUAUUCCAGACAAAAACCCAAUAUUUUAAGCUAUUGAUGAAUUUUAACAUUUUUGUAACUGGAUUUUUUAUUUUUAUUUUACAAUAUUACUUGUCUGACAGGACGUUGAGUGCCUUUUUUUGAGAAAAAAAAGUUUGAAAGAUGCUUUUCUGCAGUAUUUACUAAAAUAACCUCUCAUUGUUUGCCAAGUAAUAGGACAUCUAGAGAAAGGGUUACUCUUUACUAAUUCGAGAGCUUAAAACUGGCACCUGUUUUAAACUGAUGUAUUUUACAAUGUGUUUUUUUUUAACUUCUGUAAUGA